AUGGAGGAAAAGAAAUUCGAGGAGCAUACCGUCCAGACUAGUUCUGCCAGCUUCGGCCAGCGCAUCAUUGACAGCUUCAAGCGAGAUCCCAACCACACUGUUUCCGGUCAUGGUAACGCAGGAGCUGAUGGCUCGGGAUUCGAUAUCGAGACCGCUGCACACAACACUGCGCACUCUCCUCUGCAGCGCCGGUUAAAAGGUCGCCAUUUGCAAAUGAUUGCUAUUGGUGGCUCGAUCGGUACUGGUCUUUUCGUUGGUUCGGGAACUGUUUUGGAGGCUGGUGGUCCAGCUUCUGUUUUGAUUGCCUAUAUUUUGAUCGGUUGUAUGUUGUACUGCACUGUCCACGCACUGGGUGAGAUGGCCGUACUCUUCCCCGUGGCUGGUUCCUUCGCCCACUACUCGACUCGUUUUGUGGAUCCUGCUUGGGGUUUUGCUAUGGGUUGGAACUACGCACUGCAAUGGCUUGUCGUUUUGCCCUUGGAGAUCGUCGCGGCGUCUAUCACAGUCGAUUAUUGGAAUCCUGGGGUGUCGAAUGCGGCCUGGGUUUCCAUUUUCUGGGUCAUGAUUGUCACCAUCAACAUGUUCGGCGUCCGAGGAUACGGUGAAGCAGAAUUCGUUUUCUCCAUCAUCAAGGUUACUGCUGUUAUUGGUUUCAUUAUUCUCGGAAUCAUCAUCAACUGCGGCGGUGGUCCCCAAGGUGGAUACAUCGGUGCCGCCUACUGGUACGACCCCGGUGCCUUCCACAAUGGUUUCAAGGGUCUCUGCAGCGUGUUUGUCAACGCUGCAUUCGCCUUCUCCGGAACCGAACUUGUCGGUCUCGCUGCCGCAGAAACCGCAAACCCUCGCAAGUCCCUCCCCACCGCCGUCAAGCAGGUCUUCUGGCGUAUCGCCCUCUUCUACGUUGUCUCCUUGACCAUUGUUGGCAUGCUGGUGCGAUACGAUGAGCCUAGACUGGUCAGCGGAUCCUCUUCGGCCGAUGCCAAAGCCUCCCCCUUCGUUAUCGCCAUCGAGAACGCCGGUAUCAAGGCCCUUCCCUCUAUCAUGAACGUCGUGAUUAUGAUUGCAGUUUUGUCCGUCGGAAACUCCUCUGUGUACGGUUCUUCGCGUACCCUUGCUGCCCUCGCCGAGCAAGGUCAAGCCCCCAAGUUCCUGGCCUACAUUGACCGCAAGGGUCGCCCAUUGCCUGCCAUCAUCAUCGCCUCUGCUCUGGGCUUGCUCUGCUUCCUUGCCGCCUCCGACAAGCAGACUACUGCUUUCUCAUGGAUGAUGGCAAUCUCCGGUCUGUCCUCCGUGUUGACCUGGGGCUCUGUUUGCGGUGCUCACAUCCGGUUCCGCCGUGCCUGGAAAGCCCAGGGCCACACUCUGGAUGAGUUGGCCUUCCAAUCCCAGCCUGGUAUCAUUGGAUCGUGGAUCGGUCUUAUUUUCAACAUCCUUGUGUUGAUUGCUCAGUUCUGGGUUGGCUUCGCCCCCGUUGGCUACAAGGAUAUGACCACUAAUGAGUUGGUCUACAACUUCUUCUCUGUCUACCUGGCUGCCCCUGUGGUCAUCGCCUUUUACAUCCCAUACAAAUUCUGGUACAAGACCAAGGUUGUGCGCUCCAUGGAGGUGGACCUGGUCACUGGUCGUCGGGAAUUGGACCUCCAGCAUCUGAUCGAGCAAGAGCGAGCCGAUCAGAAGCAAUGGCCAAGGUGGAAGAAGGUAUACAAGUUCUUCUGCUAA